ACCUACGCUCAAUUUUGUUGUUUUGUACAUUUCUAUCCAGUAAUUUCCCCGAUUUAAAUUACACAAAGUUGAAUAUUUAUUUUUGUCAAGCGGUUAGUACACUUUAUGACUUCCAAGUAAACUAACAUGACAAUUAGUAAAUGUAAAAUUACUUGUUAAAACCUAUAGUAUAGCAAUAAUUUUACAAAAUCAAUAAAAUAUGGCGCUCACAGUAGCUACUUUAAACACAUUAAGAGUAGCAAAUCAUGAUUUCUCUAUGGCUCUAUACUCCAAAUUGAACAAAGACAAUGAAAAUCUAUUCUACUCGCCCAUAAGCAUACACAUUGUUUUGUUGAUGGCAGGAAUAGGAGCUGCUUCUAACACUUAUAAUGAAAUUUUCGAUACUAUUCGUAUGCCAAAGAACGAUGACACUUUAGAACCUUAUGAAAAGUUGUUAAGCACUCUUAAUGAAAAAAAUGACGCUGUAAAAUUAGCAACUGGCAUGUUUGUUGAAAAAUCAUUCAACAUAAAGCAAAGUUAUGUAGAAAAAGUCUUGAAAUAUUUAAAUUCAUCCGUAGAUGAGUUAGAUUUUAAAAGUCAACCAGAAAACCAACGGAGUUACAUUAAUCAAUGGGUGGAAAAUAAAACUAAUGGAAAAAUAAAAAAUCUUUUCCCAAGUGGGUCUAUUGAUAAAGACACCUCUUUGAUAUUAGCGAGUGCAUUACAUUUUAAAAAUAACUGGGAAGAUGAUUUUAAUACUGCUGUGGAUGAACUAUUUUACUUGGCAGCCGGACAAUCAGUAACUACAAAAAUGAUGCACUUGAACGAAAAUUUGAAAUAUUAUCAUGAUAGUGAUUUAGAAUUGUCUGCAAUUGAAUUGCCUUAUAUUAAUUAUGACUACAAAAUGAUGAUUUUGUUACCUGAUGCUAAAGAUGGAUUGUCUAAAUUAGAAAAUAACUUAUCAAAAAUAAAAUUAUUUGAGAUUUCCAAAAAGAUGUCAACUUAUACUGUUGACGUUAAAAUGCCAAAGUUUAAAAUCGAGCAAGAAUAUAACCUGGUUGACGUAUUGAAUAAACUCGGUUGUUCAUCAAUGUUUUCAUCAAAUGCUAACUUUUCUGAAAUAUCUGAUGGUCCUAUUGUUGUAAAUGAUGUUUUACAUAAGGCUUUUAUUGACGUUGACGAAAAAGGAACUGAAGCUGCUGCUGCAACGGGCUUGAAAAUUGUUCCAAUGAGUGCACUCAUAGCACCAAAUGCCCAAUUCUAUGCAGAUCAUCCAUUCAUAUUUGCAAUUAUGACGCGUAAGAAUGAUAUCCUUUUUAUGGGUAACCUCAAAAAACCUUCAAAUUAAUAUUCCUUUUUUAACAAAAGUUUGAUUGUGCUAUUUUUUUAUUGAUAUUUUUUUUUUUGAUAAUGAUAAUGUAAUUUAAAAUUUUGCAAUCGAAUUUAAUUUAUAUAUAAAAAAACUCAUUUUAAACAAAAUAACAUAACUUAUUCGGUUAAAUAAUAAACGAGUUAUUCAUAUAUAAGAAGUUAUUUUUUAUAUAUUUAAAUAAAUCAAUAGAUUAAAAAUUGUUCAAAAUUAAAAUUAUUAAAUUAAUUUUAUAUUUUAAUUUUUAAUAAUGUAAAUAUCUUUUAUAUAGUAGAAUUUAAGCAAAAUCAAUCACUAUCUAAUGAAUUAAAAUAAAAUAAAAAAUUCAUAUACAAUUGAGUUUAGUAUUAUCUAGUAACCAUGGUACAUUUAAAUUUAGAAAACUGAUGUUAAAGCGAAAUAGAACUACAAAUCAGCAAGAGAAAAAAAAAUUGUAAUUAAAUGAGCAUCUUAUUCAUAUUAGUAAAGAGAUUAUUAUUAACUUUGAUAAAAAAUAGCAGAUAAAUAUUUUUUAUUUAACAAUAAAAAAUAUAGCAACCAAUUAUAAAAGUUAAAAAAUUAUUAUAUUUUAUCAGUUUUAUUGCAAAUAAUUCUAACAUAAUGUUGUUUUAAUUAGUAAUGAAACAAACAUGAUAAAGCCAAUUAAUUUUUACUUUUGAAUAUUUAGAUUAACUAUAGUAAAAAUGUUUUAUCUCAAAGAGAAUAGAUAGAUAAUUGCUUAAAAAAAAAAAGUUUAGAAAUAUAUAUUUAAAUAAUUUUACUAAGUCGUUGAAUUAUGGUUCUUUCAUUGACCAAUUUAAACGUAUUAAGAGUAACUAAUCAUCAGAAAGAUGGAAAAAUAUCUGCAAUUAAAUUACAUCAUGAUUUAAUAGUCAUCAUUAGAUCCCAGACUUAAAUUUCCAGAAAAUAUUAACAUCUUUAGAUUUAAUAUAUUCAUUUUUAACUGUAACGCUAUCUAGCGGAUAAAUAAAUAAAAUCUAUUACGUAAAUACUAUUUUGAAUGUAGAUCGCGAUUGGCUAAUAAAUUAAAUAUUAAAAUUUA